GGGGCAAGCAAUACUAGUAUUGUAUCAAUGAAGUUCUGUAGAUCGCGCCGAAUUCAUUGUCAUAGUUAGGUUGUCUUUCUAUUCCCUUCGCCUCAUCAACUCAUUGCCGCCAACCCUUUGCCGCUGUUGGUUGAGCCAAGUUGCGCCUGCGCUGCUGCUGCCUCGCUUGGGACCCAAAGUAGCGGACUAUCCGGCCGCAAAAGCAGCAAAGCGAACCUCUUGUCUUUGGUGCCUUCGAAUAACGUCCUCAUCAAAACAUCCAAUCUCCUUGGGCCCGGGUUACAUGACACAAUAGUUACCUACCCAUAUUUCAGAUCGGCUUGCGAACGUUAGGCUGCUGUUUCAGCUGCCCCUCCAUCCGCCGCACGCUGCGCCGCCAACUUUCCGAACGAUGUUUCCGACCUUCACCGGAAGCUCGCGCAAGUCGCGGAACGUCAACCUCAGCGGCCAGAAAGGGGUAAAUCCCUUCACCAGCACAUCAUGGGCACCCGGUGCGGCCGUCGGAGCUUCGAAGACGGUGGCGCACGCUCAGGCCGAGCGGUUCCAGAGGCAACAAGAGAGAAAGCGGCUGAACGCUGCACAGUGCAUCCAAAGAUCAUGGAGAGGUCACCGGGCACGGCGGAUUUUGAGGGGGUCCCGCCGCCAGACCAUCGACCAGCUGUACAAUGACGUAGGGCCGGUCGACGUUAAGAGGAGAACAGUCGAGGCCAUACCCCUGGUGCUCAGCGUAUACCAGGCCUCCAACCCAGACGACCGGCAGCGGCUGUGCCUACUCGUUCACGACCUUCUGGAAACAAACUUCGCGUGCUUUGCAUCCGGGGAUAUAGCGGCCCCUCGUCUGGAAAAGCUUGCGCGGAUACUUGUUGCUACUCUCGGAAGUCUCGGCUCGAACUUUGCACCCACACAAGCCCAAAUUCUCCUAGAGACCGUCGUUGAGGUGGUAAUAGCGAGGCCUCAAUCGGUUCAACAUGUUUUGGGCCAAUACUACAGGGUGCUUGGGGGCUUAUGCCACAGCCUCGGUUCAACGUCCCCACUACUCGACGGUAUCCGGCGCGCCGUAGUUGCGCCGCUGACCACAAACAGUGCUUCCGAGUCAUUUACCAAGCUCGCCUAUAGCGAAUUUGCGGCCUCUUUCUUGACCCAACCGGACAUGACGCUGUUCGAGGCAAAUAUCGAUUUAUUCGCGGCUGACGUAGAUCUCGAUCUCCUCGCGGACUCGCUUCAGGUCGAUAUGGUCGCCGAUUCCGAAAUGCCCGGGACACAGACGGGACUCAUGUGGCUGUUGGCGCACUUCAUUGUCCUACAAAAGACCAAAGGGCAGCCGGUCCCACAUUCUUUUCGUUCUCUUCGGGUCCUUUAUUUCCUCCUGUCUGCAUUAUCAAACCGGAUCCGGGCCGGCUUUACGGCCUCCAACGGGAAACGCUCGGGUGAGGCUCGCGACGUUGAGGAAAACCCCCAGGCUACGCUACCCCGAUAUGUCUCUCUCUCACUCGCUUCGUUGACUGAAAAACACGAGAUAUCCGGCCUUCUCGAGAAGCUUACCCCAGAUUCCUUGAGCAUGACCGUCUGGGAGGUGCAGGAUGCUGGUUUCCUCGCCGGCUACAUCCUCACACUAGUCUACUGCUUCCCGGCGUUGGGUGAUGACAUCCGGAUGCGCCUGUACCUUGCCAAUGUUCCCACGAGUCAGGGCCCAUUUCCUGCUCUGAAGUUCUUUUGGAACGCCGUUAGUAGGACGUCGAUAUUCUCCAGGAUCGCUUCUGAUCCUGAUACGGCUCUUGAAAUCUUACGGCAACGGCCGUCUUCCGAGUCAAAUUCUGCCUGGCACCGUGAAUGGCGAACGAUCCUUCUUUUCCUCGAGUUGUACAUCUUUGUUCUCCGCCUAACCGAUGACGAUGAUUUCUUCAAUGGCCUGGGCGUGUUGGCAAGUUCAGGCGAUUCCAGCUCGCGGCUGCGCUCGAGCGGCCUCAGCCUACAGGAGUUAAAGCGCUUCACUCUCUUCCUCAAGCAUCUCAGCUUUACGCUCUACUACAACGCCGCCGAGCUGCUUGGGUCGAUGCUCACCACCUCCAGCACCCGCAAUGCUGAUGACAGUUCGUCAGGCUCUUCAUCUCGCGCGAAUGCUCCGCCGUUCGUUCUCACGGCUGGCUUCGACUUUGAGAACUUCAGGAAUCUCGUCACCACGGCCAUGAGAAUGCUCUAUGAACGCGAUUCCCGGCGUCAAUUUCUCCCACCAGACCACUGGCUGAUGACGUCUAAGCUCGACAUGGCAGGCUUUCUCUCUGCGGUCGUACUUGAAGAGCAGGAGCGGCGUGAACACGAUGAGCACGAAGAUGGCGAGGAUGAGGACGAUGAGGAUGGGAUCAGUGUAGGGGAAGUACCGACUGGUCUGUCCUCAGGCGGCUCGAGACUGUCGCGGCAAGCUCGGUUGGAGAGAAUAAGGGUCUUACGGAAACAAGCUGCGCGUGAGAGUCUGAGGGCGGCUGCCGCGCCCAGGCUGGAGAUUCUACGUAACAUGCCGUUCGUGAUUCCAUUCGACAUACGCGUCCAGAUAUUCCGCCAGUUUGUCUUCCUUGACAAGCAGCGGAGGAGAGGAGGCAACAUCGACGCGGACAACUGGAGGCUGUGGAUACUCAGUCAACAAGGGGGCCCUUUCCAGCCAACAUCUCCGGCCGGCGCGAACAUCCUUUCCAAGCACCAGGCGCAAAUACAGAGAGGCCGGGUCUUCCGGGAUGCCAUGGACUCAUUCUGGGAACUGGGGGAAGGACUGAAAGAGCCAAUACAGAUUACGUUUGUGGAUGAGUUCGGCAUUCCGGAAGCUGGCAUUGACGGAGGCGGUGUGACCAAAGAGUUUCUCAUGAGCACGACAACGGAAGCUUUCGGGCCGGAUCAGAGGCUGUUCGUCGCCAACAAUAAGAACGCAUACUACCCCAACCCCAGCGACAUGGACCAGACAAAGAACUCACUCAGGGAAGCGCAGAUCGCAGAGAACUCGGAAGACUGGAACGAGGCCAUCACUUACCGCCUUCGGCAAUACGAGUUCCUGGGAAGGGUCAUCGGGAAGUGUCUCUACGAAGGCAUCCUCAUCGACAUCGUCUUUGCAGGCUUCUUCCUUCUGAAAUGGGCCUCGCCGGCCGGAGCAGCGGACACGUACCGGGCCAACAUCAACGAUCUGCGCGAACUCGACGAGGAGCUCUACCAGGGCAUCCUGCGCCUAAAGAAUUAUCCCGGCGAUGUCAGCGACCUCGAGCUUGACUUCACCAUCACCGAUCAGGUAUCCCUCCCCGGCGAACCGGUCCGCACGAUAACGCGCAACCUCAUUCCCAACGGCGAGAAUGUGCGCGUCACCAACGAGAACCGGCCGCUUUACAUCAGCUACGUGGCGCGGCACCGGCUGGUGGUGCAGCCGUACGCGCAAACACGCGCCUUCCUCCGCGGGCUGGGCAUGGUCAUCGACCCGGCGUGGCUGAGCAUGUUCAACCGCAACGAGCUGCAGCGGCUGGUGGGCGGCGACAGCUCCGAGAUCGACGUCGAGGACCUGAGGCGACACACGGUCUACAGCGGCGUGUAUGCCAUCGGCGACGACGGCGAGGAGCACCCGACGGUGCAGCUCUUCUGGCAGGUCAUGCACGAGCUCGAGGACCGCGAGCGGCGGGAUGUGCUCAAGUAUGUCACCAGCACGCCGCGCGCCCCCCUGCUCGGCUUCAGCCAGCUCCACCCGCCUUUCAGUAUCCGCGACGGCGGAGGGGACGAGGACAGGCUCCCCAGCGCGAGCACCUGUGUCAAUCUGUUGAAGCUCCCGCGGUACAAGACUGCGGACGUGCUGAAGAGCAAGCUGCUGUAUGCGGUAACGAGCGGCGCUGGGUUUGAUCUUAGUUAGUUUGUGUUGCGGGUGUUUAAAUGAGAGAUAUAGGUAGCUAAGGCAAGCGGGCUGAUGAAGUAAUGAAGAAGAAUGUGUACGGAUGCAUGGCCAAACCCUUGGGACGGCCGACUGAAUUCGCGGGCGUACGUACACAUUCGACUCCGUUGAUGC